AGUCACGUAACUUCUCGCUCUAAGACGAAGAACGACAGACAAGAGACAUGGCUUCGCUGGCGAGUAUACUCCCUACUCCGUCACAAAACUUUUAUGAUAGAGAUGAAGAUGAAAGGCGACAAAGGCAACAAACUCAGCUGAUGCCUGUUAGCAGGAAGACUGCCCCACCAUACGGACACAGGAAAGGCUGGGUUCCUAGAUCUCAGGAUGAUUUUGGUGAUGGAGGUGCAUACCCAGAGGUCCCUAUUGCCCAGUACCCAUUAGCUAUGGGAAAAAAGAAAAGCACAUCAAAUGCCUUGGCACUGCAGACAGAUAGCACUGGAAAAAUUAGGUUUGAUGCCAUAACUAGACAAGGACAUGGCAAAGACAAGGUGAUCCACAGUCAGUUUCAAGAUUUGCUGCCAAAACCCAUGGAUGAAGAUGACCCAGAGCUGGAAAAGCCAGAUGAUGAACAAAUUGCAGAGACCACAGAUAAAACACGCCAGGCUUUGGAGAAGAUAGUGCAAGGUAAAAUCUCUGCAGCCUUGCCAGUGCGCCAUGCUGAGAAGCAGGCUCCAGCACAGUAUGUUAGGUAUACACCCUCCCAGCAAGGGGUGGCCUUCAAUUCUGGAGCCAAGCAGAGGAUCAUUAGGAUGGUUGAUGUACAGAAAGACCCUAUGGAACCCCCCAGAUUUAAAACUAACAAGAAAAUACCCAGAGGACCACCAUCUCCUCCAGCUCCAGUGAUGCAUUCCCCAAACAGAAAAGUUACAGUCAAAGAGCAGCAAGAAUGGAAAAUACCACCAUGUAUUUCAAACUGGAAAAAUGCAAAGGGAUACACCAUUCCAUUGGACAAGCGUCUUGCAGCUGAUGGCAGAGGUUUGCAAGGAGUCCAUAUUAAUGAAAAUUUUGCCAAACUUGCAGAAGCUUUGUACAUAGCAGACAGAAAAGCACGUGAAGCAGUAGAAGUAAGAGCACAGUUGGAAAAGAAGAUGGCACAGAAAGAAAAGGAGAAGAAAGAAGAAAGUUUGCGACUACUGGCUCAAAAGGCAAGGGAACAAAGGGCUGGCAUUAAAAGAGUGGAUGAUGGAGAUGAUGAAGCCAGGGAGAGAGAUGAAUUGCGAAGAGAUAGGCAAAAGGACAGGCAGAGGGAAAGAAAUCUUGCCAGAGCUGCACCAGAUAAAAGGUCCAAGCUUCAACGCGACCAAGAUCGUGAUGUUAGUGAAAAGAUUGCCCUGGGACUUCCAAAUGCUGGGAGAUCCCAAGAUGCUCAGUUUGAUCAAAGGUUGUUUAACCAGAGCAAGGGAAUGGAUAGUGGUUUUAAUGAAGAUGAUUCAUACAAUGUGUAUGACAAACCAUGGCGAGGAGAUCAAGACAUUGCUGGCUCCAUCUACAGGCCGUCCAAGAAUCUGGAUAAAGACAUCUACGGAGAUGAUCUGGACAAACUCAUCAACACAAACAGAUUUGUGCCAGAUAAGGAAUUUUCUGGAACAGACAGAACCAGAAGACGAGAAGGACCUGUUCAGUUUGAACGAGAUGAGGAGGAGGAUCCUUUCGGUCUCAAUAAAUUCUUGACUGAAGCCAAAAAAGGUGGCGCUGCCAAACGUCCAGCAGAGGACUCUCGGUCUAGUCGUGAUUAUGAUAAGGGCAAGAAAAGACGAGAUUACUGAUCUUGUGUAAACAGCAGGAUUUUGAUAUGAACUAUGGCAAUCAUGUAUAAUAUGUAUAUCAGAUGUGUAAAAAAAAAA